AUGGGAGGACCAGUGUGUGAGUUUAGAAUUCAUUGUUGUCAUAAAAUCAUUAAAAAAUGUGUGUUCCGAGAAAAAUGGAGAGGAGUUUGUAGUCCAUUUUCUAGCAAUAACCCCCCUAUUCCCAUAAUUUUACUCCUAAUUCUAGAUUUGAACUUUGAUAGAGUUUGUGAAAUCAUCCAAAUGAGCCUCUACCUCCGGUCCUACGGUAGUUCCCAAUCUACUCGAAUCACUGGUUCAUUUUGUAAUUCUCGUCCGACCCGACUUGAUGCAUAUCGCUCAUAUCCUGGAUACGGCGCGUACCCUUAUGCAUCAACACAAGCAUUCCUAGAAGGAUUCGGUUUUGUCAAUUACUCGAUUUUGAGUGAUAGUGUCUCAAUAGGUGCGAAGGCUGGUGUCAUGUGUGCAGCUGAUGUAGAUUCAAAUUCACAAACUGAAAACUUGAAAAAUAUAACUGUGAAUUCCAAAAUUCGAAAACUGAAAACUUCAAAAAAAUUUUAA